GCGGCGAGGCCGGGAACGGAGCGGGAGAGGGGAGCGGGCAGCGGUGGAGAGAGGUUAUCAGGAGCAUUUAACCAGGCUCACCUCCCAACUUGCCGUUUGCACUGGAGAGGCGUAUUGCCAUGAAAACUUUCAGCAAGACACUUGUGCUACCGUGAGGCUGGGAAGGCUGUCACUACUGCAGGAGGUAAAACAAGAACAUGGCAUGAUGUCCUUUGGAAAAGGAGCGAUGGCGGCCAUCAGGAAGAAGCUGGUGAUCGUGGGAGAUGGUGCCUGCGGAAAGACGUGUCUGCUGAUCGUGUUCAGCAAGGACCAGUUCCCCGAGGUCUAUGUGCCCACCGUGUUUGAGAACUACAUUGCUGACAUAGAGGUAGAUGGGAAGCAGGUUGAGCUGGCCCUGUGGGACACAGCAGGACAGGAGGACUACGACAGGCUGCGGCCCCUCUCGUACCCGGACACAGACGUAAUCCUCAUGUGCUUUUCCAUUGACAGCCCGGAUAGUCUCGAGAACAUCCCUGAGAAGUGGACGCCAGAGGUGAAGCACUUCUGCCCCAAUGUGCCCAUCAUCCUGGUGGGGAACAAGAAGGACCUGCGGAAUGACGAGCACACGCGGCGGGAGCUGGCCAAGAUGAAGCAGGAGCCGGUGAAGCCAGAGGAGGGAAGGGACAUGGCUAACAGGAUCAAUGCCUUUGGCUACCUUGAGUGCUCGGCCAAGACGAAGGAGGGGGUGCGGGAGGUGUUCGAGAUGGCCACCCGUGCUGGCCUGCAGGUGCGGAAGAACAAGAGGCGCCGAGGCUGCCCCCUGCUGUGAGCGGCCCCAGCCGGCACCGCCGGGAGGGCACUGCCCUGCCCGGAGGGACCUCGUGCUGCCACCGCCUGCCCUGAACCCUCUGCACCAGAGCUGCCACCCACGCCCGCAGGGUGUCCCUGUGACGCUCUGGGGCCAUGAAGGGCCAGUGCCUUCAGCACCUGCUGCUCUGCAUGGGCCGGGUGCUUGUGUUGCUCCCCGUGUCGCCCCAUUUGGUACUGAGCUCCCUGGUUUUGCCUUUCCCACGGGCGUUGCUGCAGUGUUUGCUCUCCUUCCCAGCUCUGGGCAGGUGCCACAGAAGCAGGAGAAGCCAGUCACAGCUCACAUGUGGGGUGUGCCAGGCCCUCGGUGUGCUUUGCCUGCUCUCGCUGGCUGUGCAGGCAGCACACACCAGUGUUACAGACUUGCCUGGGCAGCUUUAGCCCUGUCUGUGAGCAUAGCUGGGCUUGGCUGCUGCCAGGAGCUCUCCUCCCAGCCUAGCUGUGCCAGUAUUGCCGCCUUCGAGUCUGCCUCGGUCAUGGACUUGGCAGCAGUAAACCAAACUGCAUAAUUGGGAGAAUAAAUGCAAACCAGUAUUUUAGUAAUUGUAA